AUGGGAGAUUCACAACAAGCUAUGGAAAAAGUGUACAAUUCAUGGAGUCCACAAGAAACCAAAACUUUGAUAAAUUUACUUUUAGAUGGUGUUGCUGCAGGUUGGCGUGAUGCAAACGGAACAUUCAGCAAUUUAACUGUUGAAAAAAGAAUACUACCUGUUAUUAAUCAAACCCAUGGGUGUGUCAAAACUCAUAAACACUACACAAAUAAAAUGAAGACCUUGAAGGAAAAAUAUCUAAGUGGUGUUGAAAUUCUUCGYUUCAGCUCUGGAUUUGGAUGGGAUCCAAUCACAAAACGGUUUACGGCUUCUGACGAAGUGUGGACUGAUUAUAUGAAGGCCCAUCCGAAUUACAAAACUUUUCGUAAAGAAACGUUUGAAGAAUUUGAUGAUCUCAAAGUGAUAUUCGGAAAUAACAUAGCUACUGGUGGGAAUGCUAUUGGUUUAGGCGAGGGUACGGAUGCACGAACAAGUGAAGCACAAAAAGAGCAAACAAAUUGUGUUGAAGAUUUUUCCAUGAAUGUGGAGAACGAUCAUGAGAGCUCCUAG